AGGCACAUCUCACUCAAGCAGAGACAGAUGUACAUGAAGGAGAUUGAGAUUUACCCUCAUGGCUGUUACAGAAAUCUUUACAACUCUUGAGGUAAGACGCAAUAAAAAUAUGAGGUGAAUUCUCAUAUUUCUCAUUUAUUUUUAAGAUGUUUUACAAAAGGUUUUUCUAGAAAUGUCUUUCGUCGUGUUUGCGAUCAACUUUUUGGUCCAAAUUUGAUUUUAGAUAUUUAAGUGUUGGAUGUCUGUAUGUUUUUUUUUUUUUCUGAGAUCAGAUGUGCAGCAGCUUCAGUUUGACUUUGAUUUAAUUUGUAUUUAAAUGUCAAUUAAAGAAUGAUUUCCUGUGGGUUUAAUCUGCCCUUUAAGACCGUGUGGCAUAAAUAUUUCACAUUUUUAAACCUCAGCAGCUGCAGCUAAUUGAGGGGUAGAGUUCUUAAUUUAACAGUCAGAACUUAAAAUUAAGAUGAAGAUUUUUUUAAUGCACGAAUUAUGAAAAACACCUCAGAAAUAAACUAUUUCAUGCUCAGUCUGCCGUGAAAAUGCACAAAACCAGAUGUGGUUUAUGCCAAUGUGUGUCUAUCGCCUCUUCCUGCAAACUCACCAGGGAGUAAAGAGACACCUUCACUGCUCGACACACUUCAUUUGUUUACCAUGAGAGGAAAUGAUUGUGGGUCAUAUAAAUAUCAGUCAGAUCUGCCUUUUUUUAAUAGGUAAAUCCUCCAAAAUCUGUUGUUUUUAUUAUUGUUGUUAGCUUUUUGGUGUCACUAUAAAAAAACAAUUAAAUUUAAUGACUGUUUUUGUGUAACAUCUUUAAAAGUAGGUUCUUUGACAUUAAAACACAACAACAAAAACAUCAUGUUGGUUAAUCUGGUGCUCAGUCACACCCAUGAUUCAGAGUGAACUGCAUGAAUGCAGUGACUCCUUCAGGAAAUGAGUUUUGAAUUGAUUUCUGUUGACAAGGCAGUAAUAUUUAAACAGGUACAUUUAAGUAAAGCUAAGCAUUUAUAUAAAAACAUUUUUAACCCCAAAGGGAGAAGUGAAAAAUAUCUGGCUGAGCAGUUUUUUCUAGCUUGACAAUUUGCAUCUCGAGACUCCAGUGAACCACGACCAAGUGGAAGUUACUUUAAAGCCCUGAAAGCUCAUUUUCUGGUUUCCUUUUUCAUCAGAUGAUUUGACUGAGACUCGGGGUGUUUUCCACACUCACCUUGAUGCAUGGUAACUGAAAUUUUGUCUUCCUGAUUUUCACAGCUGCCUGACACCAACGAGACAGACUACAUCUACAAUGACACGGGCUAUAUCUACGAUAUUGGGACGGACUACCUGUGUGAUGACGAGGUGAAGGGUCUGCAGACGUUCUACGUCGUGAUCCAGCCCAUGCUCUACUGCCUGAUCUUCCUGCUGGGUGUGAUCGGGAACGGCCUGAUGAUAACGGUCCUCCUGGGUCGUUGGCGUCACCUGCGGAUCACAGAGGUCUACCUGCUGCACCUGGCCUUGACCGACCUCAUGCUCCUUUUUACGCUUCCUUUCAGUGUGGUGGAAAGUGUUGCUGGGUGGCUGUUUGGGGGGUUUCUUUGCAAGAUGGUUGGUGUGCUGAAAAAUCUCAACCUCCUCUGCGGGAGUUUCCUCCUCGCCUGCAUCGGCUUUGAUCGGUAUUUGGCCAUCGUCCGCGCUAUCCCGAGUUUGCAGAGCAGACGUUUGGAGACGGUGCACCUCGCCUGCUUCAUACUGUGGUUGUUCUGUUUGGCCUUUACCAUACCUCAUGCUGUGUUUCUCUCUGUGAAAGCCGACCCGAGAAACUCCUCCCGCCUCUCCUGUCUUUACUAUGAGUUUGGUAUUCACGCGCACAACUGGGUUUUGACCAGCAGAGUCCUGGAUCAUGUGUGUUUUUUCCUGCCUCUGGCUGCCAUGAGCUACUGUUACACAGCAGUUGUUGUGACUUUGUUUAAAAGUCAGAGAAGCAAAGCAAAGCAAGGUGCGAUUCGUCUGGCUUUACUCAUCACUCUGGUCUUCUGCUUCUGUUGGCUGCCGUAUAACAUCACCCUGCUGGUCAAGACCCUGGUGGACAUGCAGGUUUUCUCCUACAGUAGUUGUGCGUUGUUUGUCUCACUGCAGCCCGUCCUGGAUGUGACCCAGAGCCUGGGUUUCUCCCACUGCUGUCUGAAUCCUUUCUUAUACGCUUUUGUAGGCGUGCGCUUUCGCAAUGAGCUGCUGAAGCUCCUGAGUAAAAUGGGCUGUGGUCGAGUUUGUCAGCCUUUCAUCCGAGGACAGGGUUACAGCAGACCGUCAGUUUCUGAGGGAACAACAUCCAUCAGCACCACGCAUGCCACUAUUUAACCUGAAUACAAUGUGAGCUGUAAUUAAAAUGCUUUUUUUAAGAGAGUUUCUCUUGCAAUAAGGAAAAUGUUGUUACUGAAUCUGUUUUUUUUCUCUGUCUGUGUAUAAAAAUGUCUUCUCCCUCACAUAAGAACAAAAGAAACUGUUGUUUUAAAGUGUUUUUGCUUGUAUUUAAGCUUUGCUUAUUAAAUGUAAUAAAGAACUGUGUGUGUAUAGAGCA